GCAAGUCUAGUUCGAAAGAAUGAGUCUGGAGGCUUUGCUGAAGAUUAUAAAUCCAUGUUUUCUCACACUGUCGGAACGUGGUUUUAUAUAUGGACCUCAAGGUAGAUUAUUGCUAAGAAACCUUGAGGAGUAUUGGUUUAUGCACUGUGUCACAAUUCCACCCUACAAUGUAUUUCCAAGUGAUACCUCAAUCAGUGAUACGUUACAACAACUGCAGAGCUCCUCGAUGGACAAAGAUAUGCCAUUUGCACUCUCUACACUUGCAAUGAUAAAAAAUUUAACAUGGAACGAAUCCUUAUUGAAUGACACCAGCUAUCGAGUAACAUUGCACAGAACCGCCAAAAUCAACGUGAUCAUCGACGCGCUGGAUUCAAAAAAUUUGUUGCACAAUAAACAAAGAGAGCGCAAGGUAUGGUGGCGUAAAUUCGCUCAGUGCCCUUCGAGAUUCAUCCUCGCUGAAGCAAAACGGGUGAAAAGUCUUGAUGUGACGGAAAUACAAGCGCAGUUUCCUUUUGGCAAUAUCACUGUAGAGACGAUCACUCACUACCCUGUUACACGCAAAUUAUAUCCUCAGAAUGAAGGUAGUAAAGAUAAUGUCGCGGACGUGCAUAUGAUCGAGCAUGUCGCUUCUUUAGAUUGGGGCUGCUUGGCUCUACUCUGCGACAGUCACAUGUCAAAUAAAUCAACUAGAGCAUAUAUUCAUCCUAAGUUAUCGCCGUACAAAACUACAUUUCACAUAGAAAAACAGGAGAACGAAACUGCAUCGGAUUUAGAAGACUUAAGUCGUUUUGUGCUAUACUUAAACAAUAUGCUUAGAACGAACGGCAUCCAUACCAUAUUGACAAGUACAGAACAAGUCGUAGAAACGUGCCUAAUACCAUUCGUCGUGUCUGUGAAUAGGACUAGUCUCAAGAAUGGCAUUGUACACGUAGAAAAUCCUUCGAUAGCUCUAAAGGAACCAGUCCAAGUUACUGAUUUGGUAGAAUAUAUUACUACAUGCUGUUCUUGAAUGGCACAAAUCGACACCGGAUCUUCCAAUCAAUGCAUCAGUUUAUAAGAUAUUGGUACCAUUAUCACUAUAUUUACUUACUGAAAAUUACAACAAUAUAAACUGUAAAUAUAAAUGAAAAUCCUCUGUUUCUAUACAUAAUUUUUUUGUCUUAACCCCAUUAAUGUCAUCUAAAAUUUUAUGAAUUUAUAAGUUAAACUGUACUGACAUGUAGAAGGCAUGCACUGACAGAUAUCCUGUUCAUGUCUCACAGUAAUGUAUACGAUA